AUGGUCUUUCAAGUGUGGAACGACCAAACCAAGGUUUCUUCUCUUUUUCCAGCAAAGAACUCCUGGAAUCGGGAAGACAGGCCCUUAUCAUCUAUUCAUUCCCUCUUUUCCGACAUCUCAAAACUAUCGAUUUAUGGCAACCUGGAUGUGAAGUGGACAUGGCAUGGGCCAGGGGAGACACCCGAACAUAUGGUGUGGGAGGAACCUGAAGAGGGCCAAGUCCAACAUAUCGAGCAAAGAGCAUGCACAGUCCAGGACUUCAUUCCGGUGCUCAAGGAAUUCAAGAACCUCAAGCAGCUGGUCAUCACCGACGAGCAGAUGGCAAGAUCUGAAGUGAUGGACCUGCCUAAUGUUGAGAAAAGAGCGGCUAAUGCUCAUGAGGAAGUGACCCGGUUCUCCAAACUGGUGUUGAAUAUGCCAGAGGUGACGAUCCGGGAGGCCAACAACCAAAGCUGGUGCGGAGCUUCCAUAACAAGUGGUUUGACACAUUGA